AUGUCUGGCCAAGCUGUUAACUUCCAUAAAUCUAGUGUCUGUUUUAGUAGGAAUACUAUGGUGGAACAUAGAGAGGAGGUGGCGGCGAUUUUGGGGGUGUCUCAGGCAUCAAAUUUUGGUAAUUAUCUAGGUCUUCCUGCUUUUGUCGGGAGAAACAGGAAAUCAGGUUUUGCAUAUAUCGAGGAUAAAAUCAGGCAACGGGUUAAUUCGUGGAAUAAGAAACUACUUUCGCAAGCAGGGAAGGAAGUGCUGUUGAAAAGUGUGGCACAAGCUAUGCCCACUUUCUCAAUGAGUGUUUUCCUGCUGCCUAAGUCGGUUUGUUUACCUAUUCAGAGAGCCAUGAACCGGUUUUGGUGGGGAACAGGGAGUGAUAGGGGAAUACACUGGAAGGCGUGGGACCGGUUAUGUGUGCCUAGGAAGUUUGGUGGCUUGGGGUUCAAGGAUCUCAGGGCUUUUAAUCUGGCUAUGCUAAGCAAGCAGGCAUGGCGGUUUCUCACUAUGCCCCAAUCCCUCGUUGCCAGGAUUUAUAAGGCGCGAUAUUUCCCCACGACUUCUUUUGUGGAUGCCACUAUUGGUAACAAUCCUAGCUACUGUUGGCGGAGUAUCAUGGCAGCCCAUACUCUAAUUUGCAGUGGUGUGCGGAGGAGGAUUGGGAAUGGACGAUCAACUCUAAUUUAG